UUACAGUUGACAUUUAUGUCUAUUGGUAUCUAUGCAAAUACGACGCUUUUGAUUGUGAUAGUUAAAAUAGUAAGAAGUAAAUUUUUAACUUGGUUAUAUCAAGAAAAAUAAGUAAAAUAUUACAUGUGGCAAAAGUUAUCUUGAGCUAUGGGUGAAGAGGAAGUAGCGACUCUCGAGGGUCAGUUUUACGAAUUCUCGCGUUUGUUCGACAACAAAAGAGAUGGUCUCACCAUCACACUGUACAGGUUCGACUACUGGUUGAGACAGACGAAAUUGCUAGACGAUAGGAAAGUCACUAUGACUGAUACUGGAAUAUUAUUUAAUAAGUAUAAUAAGACAGAAUUGAACUGGGAUGAAUGGUCGGAGUUUCUUGAAGAUCUGUGUGAACUGAAAGAAAUGGAUUUGGAAAAAACUAAAGAAACGCUAACUAACUGUGGACUUCCAGGUCAAACACCAGUUAAUGUGCCCCAAUAUAGAGACUUCUUCUUAACGUAUAAACCGAGGGAAAAGAUGAUUUUAGGUUGAAACUAUACUCUAAGACAUUUUACCUUAAUUUUUAUUUUACUAAGAAAUAAAACUUAAU